CGUCGGAGAGGGAUCAAUCGGAUCGAAUGGCUUUGGCGCCGGUGGAGUUCCUGGGCGCGAGCGACGGCGGGGAGGCGCUCUACUGCGCCAUCAUACUGUGGAUGUCCGUCAUGUCGUGGAUCAUCUUCACCUGCGACGGCAGCGGGAGGAGGAGGAAGGGCCGUCGGGGCAGCCGGGACACCAAGGUCUUCGUCGGCGCCGAGCGCCUCUGCGACGGCACCGGGCCCGAAUGCAGCGGCGGCUACGGGCUCUGCGGCUCCUGCAUCGACUAGCCUGGCCGAGCCGCCGCCCCCUGCCUACGUUUGGACUUUUGGUUUGUAUAAAAUAACUUGAAUCGAUUCGUGUAAUUGGGCGUCAAAAGUAUUUCGUCUGUCUAUGAUGUGGUGUGAUGAAGAUCGAAGUCCUCUUCUCUUCCCCCGGCAACUUCUUCUAGCCUCUACAUAUAUAGUUUUAGCGAUCGAUGAUCGAUGAGAUGAGCUGGUAUGCGCAAGGAGUACGUCCAUCGCUCUGGGGCGUGCUGCUCUUUGCUGGGGUCCGCCUACACCAAGUGGACCAAUGGUAAAUAUAUGGCGCAUGUCAAAGUGGUUUGUUAUCUUUUG